CUCAAAAAAAAAGAGAGGAAAUAGAAAUUUGGGUUAUUCUUAUUCAGAGAAAAAGAUAGCGAUAAAAUGUGGUAUUUUGCACGCUAAGUUGUUUGUUGUUUGCCCUCUCUCAAGUUUUCGUUUUUUCAGAUCUCAAAUUCUCUGUAACAAAAUCUGGGUCUAACUUCAAACCUAUUGAUUCGCCUUGAUCUAUCAUUUUCUAUUGCCCGUUUUCUGGGAAAGAAGGAUUUUUUUUUUUAUAUUUAUAUUUUUUUUUCUUCAUAAUAGUUUGAUUUCAUUUAUGAAUAGAAUAUAGAGUUUGUGAUCUAAGCUUGUAAGAGCCGAAUGGGUUCCCGGAAACGAACCCCAUCAGCGUCUUCUUCCCCCGGAACUGACAUGUCUACAUCAGGCCUUGCUGAAAAGCAUCAGCAGGAUCUAGAAAACUUGGGACUGGCAACACAACCCUUAAAAACUAUGAAGCUUUUUGUUUUGGCCUUAUUGCAAUAUAUUAAGCGAUCGAUAUCAUAUUUGUUAGCAAAAGGUGGUUGGCUUAUGCUUUUGAGUACAGUUGCAUUGGCUAUUGGGAUUCUUCUAAUGACCAUCGAUGGGCCUCAUGAGAAGCAUGUGGAAGAACUUGUGAAAUAUUUUCAGUUUGGAUUAUGGUGGAUUGCUCUCGGAGUUGCAUCGUCAAUUGGUCUUGGAUCUGGGUUGCACACUUUUGUCCUCUACCUCGGUCCUCACAUUGCUUUCUUCACCAUUAAAGCAAUGCAGUGUGGACGUGUUGAUUUAAAAAGCGCUCCAUAUGACACAAUACAACUGAAACAAGGUCCUUCGUGGCUUGAUAAGGACUGUUCUGAAUUUGGACCCCCACUGUUUCCAGUAGUAGAUGGAUUGCGGGUUCCACUUAGCAACAUAUUGGCACAGGUACAGUUAGAGGCUGUUCUAUGGGGCGUUGGGACUGCAAUAGGGGAGCUUCCUCCAUAUUUUAUUUCACGGGCAGCUAGCAUAUCGGGUAAUAAGUUGGAUGCCAUGGAAGAAUUGGAUGGCUCUUCAAAUGAGGAUAGUGGAUUUAUAGCUACACAUUUGAAUAAAAUCAAGCGCUGGCUUCUAUCUCAUGCUCAACAUUUGAACUUCAUCACCAUCUUAGUGCUUGCUUCGGUGCCAAAUCCUCUAUUUGACCUUGCUGGCAUCAUGUGUGGACAAUUUGGAAUUCCAUUUUGGAAUUUUUUUCUUGCAACAUUGUUGGGGAAGGCAAUUAUCAAGACUCACAUACAGACGGUUUUCAUCAUCGGAGUUUGCAAUAAUCAACUUCUCAAUUGGAUAGAGAAUGAAUUGAUUUGGCUUCUCAGUUUCAUCCCUGGUUUAGCAUCUGUGCUCCCCAAUGUGAUAUCCAAACUCAACGCGGUGAAAGAGAAGUAUAUUACAGCUGUACCCGUGUCCUCAAAUAUCAAGGUAAAAAAGUGGGAUUUCUCAUUCACUUCGGUCUGGAACACGGUGGUGUGGCUCAUGCUCAUGAACUUCUUUGUGAAGAUUGUGAACGCAACCGCACAGAGGUACCUGAAGAAACAACAGGAGAAGGAGAUAUUGGCGCUAAACAAUAAGUCAUAGGCAUCAAAGUGGAGACAUACACAGGUUGGCCAUGGCCCAUGUUCCUUGCUUGGUAGUGAGGAACUUUGAUUCUUAGUCUCUUAAAUAUAAUACAUUCUAUUAUUUUUCUGUUACCAUUAUUAGUAAUAGAAAUUCUUAGUAGUAGUAGAUGAUGUAGUAGCAAGCAGUUACUUGAUCACUUUACCAGGAAGGCAUAAUUGGUCUGCACCCCAACUUUUCUGCAUGCAUACGAAGUGUCAUUGUGAGAAGCUUGUAUAGGAUCCUCACUCAGGAAAUACAGUGAACUGAACUAGAAGAAGAAGAAGAGGAAAGCCAUUCUCUGUUUUAGUUUUGGGGGACGUAUUAUUUUUGGGUGGUUUUUUAACCCUUUCUCAACAAAUUGUUGAAUUGAAACUGGAAUAUUUGAUCAUUUUUUAAAAAAAAAUUAAUUUUACAAAGCUCGAUGAUAUCUUCUCAUCUA